UUUAUUUUUAGUAGCAUGGCUAUAUUCACACUUUUGCGUUAAUUUGCUAUGUCUUUUUUGCGAGCUUUUAAAAAAUAAAAUUAAAAUAUUUUUAGAUUUAAUUUAUAUUUUUUAUAAUAAAGAAUUAAUUUUUAUUAACUUUCCUAAAAAUGGAACUCCACCAAACUUAUGACUCUCUACACCAUGAAGAAAGUGUCGUGAAUGAUGGCGACGAAGACGAGGAAGAUGACCCCAUGUAUCAAGAGUUACUGGACACCAAUGACCUUGUUACUGCUCAACUGGUUUCGGCCGGACCAGCUGGCUUAGCAGCCGCAGCUGCCAUAGCUUCAGGCAAGAAAAGAAGGAAUCACUCAUUUGAAAUGAAUCCUUGCACUAGAAAACGACAACAAACUCGUCUUAUGAGGAAGUUGUAUUCUCUGAUGGAGGAGUACAUAGUAAGGGUUGGCCAGCAGGCAGUCAUCAUAUGCUGUUCACCUGGUAAGGAUGCCCAAUCCCCAAGUUCUUUUAGAGUCUUUGGUUCUCAGCCGCUGGAAUGUGUGAUAAAAAAUCGAAAGUGGAACAUCCUUCAUAACCUUGAAAAGUCCCUGACAUCUCAAAAAAACCAGCACAUCCCUGAAAAUAUCGGCCAAUUUGAGUUGCCCCCACUCUCUGUUGAUGGCACCCUAAUUGGGCUCGAGCGAAUGACUCAGGCCCAAUUGAGAUACUUUGUACCAGAGAUGCUGAAACAUUCAACCGGGAAGAGCAAACCUGGGUGGGGUAAACAGGAAUGGCGACCUGUCUGGUGGCCCAAGGAUGGUUCCUGGGCCAACAUAAGAAGUGAUACGAGGACAGAGGAGGUCAAACGUAUGGUUCCUUGGACUCUAGCUCUGAGAAAGAUAGUUCGAAACUGUUACGAAUACCACAACAGAGAGGACCUCCUGCUCGAUCCCAUCUUCAAACCGGAGCAGCAGCACAUCCCUGCAACUGGGGGCUGCUUAGUACAGCAAAUCACUAAUCCGGAUGGUAGUGUAAAAUUAGUGCAGCUGAAAACGGAGAGUUUUCCAGAAGGAAUUGUUGAGGGUGAUGGGGAUGGUGAUGGGGAUGGUGGCGAUCUGCAUAUUGUUCAGGCUAUAGAUAUUAAGAAAGAGCUCUCACAAGAAGUCCAGUCAAGUCCAGAGCCCCAAAAAAAGGUCUUGAGACUGUCUAGGUCAGCCUACGAAUCACUCCUCUGCCAACUGGCAGACACUACAUCAGCGUUACUAUCAUCAUCAUCAUCGUCGUCAUCGUCAACACAACCGCCCGCAACAUUGUCAUCAUUAUCAAGACCACCACCACUGCGGCCGUCAUCAUUAUCGAGACUACCACCAUCAUCAUUCCCGAGACCUCUUCGAUCAUCAUCAUCAUAUAGACAAUCAUUAUCACUACUGCCACCGCUUCCGUUUUUGAGAUCAUUUCCAGGACCUGCGCUACUAUCAUCAUUAUCAUCAUCGUUAUCAUCUAGACAGCCACCACAGGGAGCAUCAUCGCCAUCAUCGUCGUCGUCGUCAUCAUCAUUAUUGUUAAGACCGUCACCAUCGUCACCCUCCUCAUCACUGAAUUCUCUGCAAAGAAUUUCCAUACAGCACAACAGCAGGAACAGCCACAACAGUGGCAGCAGCAAUAGUAUUGAUAACAGUAAUGGCGUUCUAAGUUGUUCCCCCCUCGAGACGUCAGCAAUGGACUCUUCCAUGUCGUUUAAAAUCGAAAAUGAGGGUUACGUUCAUGAUAAUGAGCGUAAUCAAUUUUAAUGCGUUUUUUUCUACAAAUUCUUUCCUAGAUUUUCUAAGAGGCACCAACAACAAACACACAGUGCCUCUACGCAACUUACACCUGUGAAUCAACACGUCACACCCACGGUCACACCACAUAAUGCAUGCGCAUGAUUGGCGGGGAUCUCCCUGCAUUCGAAUCUGGUCAUUACAAUAGCAGUGCCAGGCACUUUACCGUUACGCCACCGCAAUACUCUUUUUUUUCAAACACUAUUAUUUUUACUAUUAUUACUAUUAAUUCCAGCGAUUAUUAUUAUUGUUAUUAUUAUUAUUAUUACUGCAUGUAGUUUACGUGUAAGAAUUGAAGGGAUAGGAUGCUUACUUAACAAGUGUACUAACGUGUACAUGGUUUUAACCAUUUUUUUUUGUAAUUAAUUAAAUGAAAUGAUUAAAUAAACGACAAGUU